AUUAUCAUUAUUGAUUGAAACCUAUUUAGAUGUCUCUUAUGCUUGUACUACUAAAUCGGAACUUUAGACUGAAAACUUCUAGGAACUGUUAUUACACAAUUACAUGUUAGGUUCUAUAACAAUGUUGGGGUCUUCCAUCCUGGUUUAUUAUGUCCAAGUAAACAAUAAAAUCACAGUUUGGGUUUUUAGGCCAUUGAUUCUUUAAGUUCCUUAUGGGAAGCAUAUUCUGGAAAGAAGGGAUAUUUUGGCAUAGAGAAAAGCUCUAAAUAUUUAAGAAGCACUGGGAACAGAGAGGUAUUUUCGGAAUGAAAAUUAGAGUAGAUGAAGUUAAGACUCCUCUCCUGUAACAAUCAGUAUGAAAUCUGAGACAUUGAUGCUAUAUUCUGAGGAAAACUUAAUAUGAAGUUAAAAUCAAGUAGAUUAGACAGUGACAGUGAUAUAAUGAUGAAUAAAUAAAUGAUGCAUGAUUUAGGUCUUAAUCAUGUCAGAGAAUGCUGACUGAAUGUCAUACUGUAGGGUUAAAGGUGGGAUGUAAAUGUGAUUACUUUGGAGAGGUGAAAAAGAGAAUGAUGAUUUGAAGCAAUGAAUUGUGGGAUCCUGCUAAAUAUAUUUCAAAGUUAUCAGAUGGAGAUUAGGAUUUCUAUAUAAGCUCUCAUUAACAGAAGAUCCCAAGUGAAUGAAUGAUGAAAAUGAAAAAUGGAAACUGAUUUGAACGGUUAAAAAAAUAAUACUAAUAAUCCACUUUUGUUAUGUAUCUAAUGGGUUACCAAUACAUAUGAUAUCUUUUUUGGUGGGUGAAACCAGGAAGGGUGACAGUGGAAGUUAGGUUUGUAGAAUGCUUAUCUUGUCUUAGUGAUAUUAUUUUAUGAAAUUAAUGGUGUUUUGUUGGAUGGUUCACUAAGGCCUGUCAGCUUUUAGAGAAGGGAUAGAGGUCCCAAAUCUUUAGUGGAAAGAAGCUCAUGCUAGGACUAGAAAUAAAGAAAGAGCUAAUUGCUUGUAUCAGAUUUUGUCUUCU